UAGAAUCAGGCACCUCGACAACGGCAGUACGAUUCACUCCGGCAACGCGUUAAUAAUUCACAAGCCCCUGAUCAUGGCAACGAGCCCUGCCCUAUUAUGAAAUUCACCUUCCCCGCGCCAGUUUAUUUUGCGUUCAAUAUUUACAAUGUUGUCAACCAAUUUGGCGCAAUCACUUGCUCAUCAUUAACCUCUAAGCUUCUAUCGCACGCCGUCUAGGAUCUAGUUGACAAGAAUGGGAGGUAAUUCCUAUGAGUCUUCGCCUCGCCGUGGUAGAAGUCGUCACAGAACCCGAAGACCUACUUCUGUCUCCGGGGACGACUCUGCUUCGCCCUCAAAGCACAAGAAACGAGGCCAUUCUCAUCCCGUCAAGCCCAAUGUUCCCAUACCUCGCAUAAACAUCCAGUCUCCUACACCUCCGCUCUCGGCCUCCAGCUCGGCGCAUGAUGAGAUACGCCGCAAUGAGCAAGCUCGCCGUAUACGCCAUUCUCACGCCCGCGAAACUCUCCGUCCUGCCGCCGACAAUGGUAACAAGGACACCAAGGACAAAGAUAAAGGAAAGGAAAAGAGCACAAGCAAGGACAGAGAUAGAGACAACAGCAAGAGCCGUACUGGUCGCUGUACUCACAUCCACCAUCAUCACUACCACGUCCACAACCACUAUCAUAAGUACUAUAUCAACAAUGACAAGCAGGUGGGCGAACCUACUCAUGACGUAAAGCAUUCAAUCUAUGACCAGCCACCCUUCGACCAGUCGGAUCCUCGAGCAGCUAUGAAGUAUCAAGAGGAGCACCAUCGAAAGCACGUAGAGCAGCACCAAGACCGAGAACAGCAACGCGAGCAGGAACAAAAGCAAUCCCAGCCCUCCCACCAUCGUCGCAACAGCAAUAGCGUGAGCAACCCUGGUCCCUCACAGCAACGCCCUCAUCAGAGCACCCGUUCCCGCUCGACAGCCACGCGAAUUCCAGGACCGCUUCGAUAUCCGUCUCGUCCCCCUCCGCCCGAUUCUCACUUCGGUGCUGUCGCCGCAGAGCCCGCCGAAGAGUGGAUUCCCCAAUCAUUCACCUCCCCCGCCAUCUUCACAUCCCCGCACCGCACAAGCAUACAGCAAGACGUAAGAAACACCAUGGACCAAGCCGACACGUACAGCGCCACAGCCCUCGUCAACGCAGACGAAGAAGCAAGCGCCAUUGUGCAGGCCAACUCCCCUCGCUCCUGGACCUCGAGCCCCAGCUCAAGCCGGGCCUCCAUCUCCACGCUGACCACCAUCUCGCGCGGCGUAGUCUACAACAGACGUGGACGCCGGGAGUCUUACGAGUAUGAAUCAGACUCGGGGUCUGUGCGGAGGAAGUCGAAGAAAGGGGGUUUUCGCGCGUGGGUCUCGCGACAUCUGCGGGACUAAGUAGGGGAGCUUGUUCCGGUGCUUAUGAGUGCGGAGCUGGGAGGAGAAGGGGGAGGGAAGAGAUUGCCUAUGAAUACGCGAGGAAGAUGUGAAAGAGAAGAAGGGAGGAUUGGCAGUGAACAAGUGCAGAUAUAUAUAUCUCUGCGUGUACCAAUGAAUAGGAGUCGAGACUCGGAACUAAGCAGCACGCACACACAGUAUGACGGGACUAUAGCCCAACUAGCAGCCGUGAUGUACAUGUUACGAGAUAAAUAUGAGCAUAAGAACGAUUAUGACAAGAAUGUAUUUGCGAAUAAAGGAAGAGAGAAGCAAGUAAUCACCACCAUUACGCUAAGCUAAUCCCCCUUCCUGACCUGUUUAUUAGUUUUAUUUCUUUCCCUUUCCUUUCUUCCUAUCUUUGCACCGUCAGCCAACCAGCAGAAGACAUGUUAUUCCCAUUCAUAUUCAUUCGUGUACAAUAUGUGUCGGUUUCUUGUCGUAUCGUCCCCUACCUACCUAGGUAGAUAGCUGCCUA